AUGAUGUUUGCCAAGCCUAUAUCAUCUCCAAUGUCAGCUUCUUUCCCUUUAAGCAAGUUUGAUGGCUCCACAAUCACUGAUCCCUCAUUAUAUCGUAGCACAAUAGGCUCUCUUCAGUAUCUAUCUCUCACACGGCCAGAUUUGUCAUUUUCCGUAAACAAGGUAUCACAAUUCAUGCAGGAACCCCGAGACACCCAUUGGACAGCUGUCAAGCACAUCCUGCGUUACUUAAAGUUCACAAGUGAUCAUACAUUUUCAAUAUAUCACUCAUCUUCACAUUCUCUCACAGCAUAUUCAGACUCUGACUGGGCCGGAUGCCCUGAUGAUCGUCGAUCAACUUCUGGAUAUUGUACCUUUCUCGGCAGAAAUCUACUCUCAUGGAUUUCGAAAAAGCAACCCACAAUGUCAAGAUCUAGCACCGAAUCUGAGUAUAAAGCCUUAGCAAAUGCCUCAUCCGAAUUGGUAUGGAUUCAAGCUCUUCUUUGCGAACUUGGUCAGCGUUUCUAG